UUAAUUGAAGAAAUUUCGUACCAUUCGCGGGACAAUUCGUGGCGCUGUCACCUAAAAUUCUCGAGAAUUGACGCGUGCGCUGUGAUAUCAGUGAACCAGUGAUUGUUGUCGACUUGCAAUGCUCUUCAUGGACGUCAUAACCCCUCAGGUUCAGUUGUCAUAAUCAUCAGAAUGUGCCUAGUAUCAUAAGCCUUAACGAUUCCUCAAUCUACCAUCGAGAGUCUCCUUGAACUUUGGGUCCUUCAAAAAAUUCCUCGACGCCUAAUUAGUGCGUAAUUUGACAUUUCGUCGCUCCAAUCUUUCAUCCGUUAUCAGGUCUGGAAUUAAGAUUUGGGUUCCACCGAUUAGAUCGUUAAAACAACGAAGUAAUGGAGACAGGACAACUGUUUGAAUUCAUGGAGUUAGUUGGAAGGCUCAAGCACAUGAAGCGGACAGGAUGGCUUCGAUUUGGAAUCGACGAUGCUGAAACCAUCGCAGGACAUAUGUACAGAAUGGCUGUUCUUGCACUUCUCGUUGACACCGAAGAAAACAUCAAUAAAGCGAAGAAUCAUUUCAUCCAUUGAAUUUCUCAAUUCAUCAAUUUAUCCAUUGCCCUGCAGAGUGAUGGAGAUGGCUUUGGUGCAUGACCUGGCUGAGGCUAUUGUCGGUGAUAUUACCCCUCACUGUGGAGUACCCGUUGCGGAGAAGCAUCGACGAGAGGACGAGGCAAUGGUGGAGAUAUCGAAAUUACUUGGGAAUAAAGGACCGGAGACACUCAAGCUCUUCCGGGAAUACGAAUCUCGCGAUUCUCCAGAGGCCAAGUUCGUCAAGGAUCUAGACAGGUUAGACCUCAUUAUGCAGGCGUACGAGUACGAGAAACGUGAUCAGACUCAUGGGAAACUGGAGGAGUUCUUCGCAGCGUCAACAGAGCAUAUCAGUCACCCUCUGCUUAAAAAGAUAGCCAACGAGAUCUUAACCCGAAGAGCUGAGCUCACACCACCAACGGUCGAGCAUUGAUACGUGUACAGCUAUAACUAGUUUGGAAUCCAAAAAACUAAACAAAGAUAUUAUUGAAUGCUACUUUAAUGAAAGGGGAGCAAGUGUCCUUAAGCUCAACUCAACUUCAUCCAUCACUUUCAUGUGCAAUAUUUUAUUUCUACACUCAACGUAUUUACUUAUUUAAUGGUCAUCUAUUUAAUAACAUAAGUGGCGAGUAAAGAUAAUAUAUUUGUAAAAAAACCAGUCUCCAGUAUUUUUUCAACUGCAAAAUAAAUCAUAUUUAAAUUGAUGAA